UUGGUAUCGAGGGGGAAAAAGGAUAAUGCUCUUAGCUUGGGACUAGAUGUCCUGCAGGUGCAGCCUGGGCUUGCACUGUCUCAGUAGUCAUGCCUUGAGACUGAAGAAGGUCUUGCCUCAUUGAACAAGUGCCUCUGUCUCUGUCCAUGAAAGGUUGAUGUAUUGUUGGAUGUUUUAAACUACUGAACUGAGGAAAUCAAGAUCUGUAUUUCAAACACUGUUAAAAAUAGGUGUCUUUUCCUGCUGUGAGGCUUUGACUGCUAGCUUGUCAAGUUUUUAAGACAGGAAUAGGAGUUGCACAUUUCUUUAAAAACACAAAAACCCUGUUGAAGAUGUUGCUCUGGAUCCAGCUUCGGAGUGAUGAAGCAAAAUCUUCAGCUCUUCAGUGCACAAAUUUCAUAACCAGUAGCUGUCACUGACCACCCUCUGUUUUUCAUAAGAAAAUAAGCUUUUAUUCAGCUGAUGGAUGUGAGAACUGUAGCAAAAAUGGAAAGCUGGCAUUCUGAACAGUUUCUAAGGGCAAGGUAUUUUUUCUUCUACCUGUUGCGGUGGCAUGUGGUCCUUGAAAAGGCACCUGCCAUGAGUCCAGGUGACCUUGGUUACUGCAGGAAAGCAGAUCACAAAGUGGCAAGUCAGCAUGAUGAAAGAUUAUUGGGAGAUUAGCAUAAUAAAAACUGCAGGCUCUGCUGAGGAGGAUCAGAAUGGGUUUAGGAUGUUUAUAAUUUAGACUGCUGCACUUGUGUUUUUGUAGAGCGUGGACCCAUCUUACCCAAAGGGCUUUGUUAGGCCCAUUGAUGCUGUUAUGAAGCAGGUUAAUAAUGUUGAAGGAUAAAAGCCAGCUAGCUAAAUCCUUAAGCAUUUUAGAUUAAGGUUCCUUAGUACCAAGGUGUGAAAGAAAUUCUAAUGAGCAAUUUUAGCUUUUCUUUUUUCCUAUAUUUUGAUUACUUUUAUUGCCUCCUUUUCUGCUUCAGCCUGCAGAGAAAAGAAGAGCAAAUGAAGGAAGGAACCUACAGUGCAGAGGUGGUGGUAGCAGUUUUGCUGCCAGAGGUGGAACUGCCCUUCAAGUGGAUUUUGGGGGUGGGUUGGGCAUCUUUUUCUGGAUUAAGGGUGCACUAGGAGCUUGUGUUACAGAGAAGCUUGUUUCCAAGAUCCUCUGAAGAUGUCUGCAGUGGUACAUGUACCAACAGGAAUGCUCAUCCUCUCCUGGAGAACUAAUAACCCUACAGUGGCUGCAGCACAGACUCGUACAAAACCACCUCCCUCCCUUUUGCUUUUGCCAAGUGUGACGGAAUUUCAUCUUGGGGUUUCUUCCUUACUUCCUACAAUAAGGACCUGGCUUCCCUUCUGCAGCACAAGCAUGUGUGAAUUUCUGUGGUUCCAGCCUGGCUGGUUUGUGUUUGCCAGAGUUGAUUAGACAGAGUAGUGAUUAAGCUCUCCAAAUAAUCCACCUCCAGUUGAUAAAAUGUUGCUGGAACCCUGAAGGAGCUGAGGAACAUUGGUUUUGUCAUUCAUUUUUUUGAGUAAUUUGUGUAGCCCUGGCCACUAUAUUCAGGCAAAUGUCAGUGAUUGUGAAAAGCAAGCUUGAUCUGUGGCUUGCAAGGUUGCUUGAGCUGGAGGGAGCUAUUAGGCUGGCAAGUGGACAGGAUAUCAUGUGAUCCUUGUAAUCAAAUGAACAGAUGCAGCCAGAGGAAAGCUACAGCUGUUCCUGCAGCUCACAAGCCGAAAGUUAACAUAUACUAUUGUGCAAAAUACCAGGGCCAAAUUCACUGUUGGCAGGGGGAAGCUACUCUUGGAAGAUUAAGGAACGGCAAAGCUGAAGUUAAUUGAAAUAUCUGUGUUUCUUAAAUCCCUGAUGUGCUUUUGUAAGUAAAUUGAAGAGGGGAUUGCACAAGCCAGCAGUGUAUUGUUUUGCAUCAGCGUGUCAGUUGGCUGCUGGUGAAGCAGUAAUAGAUAAAUUGCUUAGUGAUCAUGAGAACAGGGCAUUGUUCUCAGUGUUUGACAGGCCAUCAAAAUGCCAUUUUAGUGUUUUAUAAACUCCCAUUUUCAAAAAGGCUCUUGUCUGCUCAGUUUCUUACCAGGCUGCAUGUCUUGCAGCCCUAGGAAGGAGGCGAUAGAUCUUUAGAAUAAACUGCAUUCAGUAGCUGUCCUGUGCUACGUAAGUCUGCAAAACAUGUGAACAGGAUGUUGUAGACGUCUUCACUGACUACCUGAGUGUCCUUAAGUAAUGCUUUGUUGUUGCUGACUUAACGACUUCCCAGCUGAAUCUUAGCCCAGGUACAAUAUUUGCUCUUGCAGAGGGAUUAAUUAUUGAAAUCCUGGAUGGACGCAACUGGAGACGAGCUUUCAAAUCCCCUACAAAUUGUCUUCCUUGCUUGUGAAGAGGGCAGUAAUUCCCUCUGGUAGAUGCAAAGAAGCAUAGGACCCAGCUGCCUUGGAAAAUUCAUCUUUCUUCAAUAAUUUAGAAGUUCCCAUCACUGUCCGUGGAAGCUCCUGUGCCACUUGGAACACAGCAAGGCAUCUGGCACAGGAUAUUUUGGGACAGAAAAGCUUCAUUCAACCACAGUCACAUCCCUGUCUUUGACCAUGAGCUGCCCUGAAUCUCAAAAGACUGGGAUUGGUGGGAAGAAUGCUGAUUCUCCUCAAAAGCAAGUUAUCUUCAGAAAAAGCACCCGUGACAAAGCUCUGACCAUCUACCUGGGAAAGCGGGACUACAUUGACAACAUAGGGAAUGUAGAACCUGUAGAUGGUGUUGUAUUGGUGGAUCCUGCUAUUAUCAAGGGGAAGAAAGUGUUUGUGUCCCUGACCUGCGUGUUCCGCUAUGGCCAGGAGGACAUCGACGUGAUUGGCCUCACCUUCCGCCGGGACCUGUUCUUCUCCAGGGUCCAGGUGUACCCACCUGCAGACAAGCCAGAGUCUCUCACCCUCUUGCAGGAAUCUCUGCUAAAGAAGCUGGGGAAAAAUGCUUAUCCCUUUUUCUUUACAUUUCCAGAUUACCUGCCUUGCUCAGUCUGUCUGCAGCCUGCACCUCGUGAUGUUGAUAAGACUUGUGGGGUGGACUUUGAGGUGAAAGCUUUCUCAACAGAAAAUGUGGAAGAGAGAAUUCAUAGGAGGAACUCUGCACGUCUGCUGAUCCGUAAGGUGCAGUAUGCUCCAGAGAGCCCAGGACCCCAGCCUUGUGCAGAGACCACCUGGCAAUUCUUCAUGUCCAACAAGCCCCUGCACCUGAAAGCCUGCCUCAGUAAAGAGGUAUACUACCAUGGUGAGCCCAUUCCAGUCACUGUCACCAUCAACAACAACACAGACAAAACAGUGAAAAAGAUCAAAGUCCAGGUGGAGCAGGUGGCCAAUGUGGUGCUGUACUCCAGUGACUUCUACACCAAAGUGGUGGCUGCUGAGGAAGCACAUGAAAAGGUGCAGCCAAACAGUAGCCUGACCAAGACACUGACAGUUCUGCCCUUGCUUGCAAAUAACCGGGAGACACGGGAAAUAGCUCUGGAUGGAAAACUGAAGGAUGAGGACACCAACUUGGCUUCUAGUACCAUCAUUAAGGAUGGAAUAGACAAGACAGUGAUGGGGAUUCUGGUUUCCUACAAGAUCAAAGUGAAGCUCACAGUUCCAGGCAUACUGGGAGACCUCACUUCCAGUGAAGUGGGCACAGAGCUGCCAUUUCGUCUCAUGCACCCCAAACCUGAGGAAAAGAACCCAGCAGGGAAGGAUGGUGAAGCAGAGCUUGUAUUUGAGGAGUUUGCUCGUCAGAAGCUAAAAAAUACACCUGAUGAAGAGGACAAGAAUUCACCCUCAACUGAUGAGUGAUUAAAAGAACAGGCUGACAAAG